GUAAUGAUAUAGGGAAUAGAAGGCGUGUAAGUACACAUGUGAGGUAGAUGUAGUGGAUCUCAGCCAAAGAGCUGUGAAACCGGUGGUAAUGGUAACGUACCGCGUUCAAUCUCUGUUUCUUUUUUUCAUCUUGAUGUUGUUGGUGUGGUUAUUGAGUUUGUGCGUAAGAAUUACAACUGCUCGUGCCGUGUGAUGGAACGCAAUUGCAGUUGGUCGGAUAGAAGAUUCAUAAUAGGCUGAUUGUGAUUCGUUCAUUCCCACUUUAGAUUCGACUGCUACUAAUUCCUAAUUCACAAAGAAGAAAAAAAUUAUUAAUUCAAUUAAUUCAAAGAGAGGGAGAGAGAAAGGAGAAAUUUGGCAUUGAUGAAGAGCGGUGGUGGUGGUGGUGGAGGUGGUGGUGGUGGUGGUUAUUCAUCGAAGAAGAGAUGGAGAGGGCUGGUAAUUGGAGUCCUGGGGCUGGUCAUACUUUCAAUGUUGGUUCCACUCGUCUUCUUGCUCGGAGGUCUUCACAACGGCUUUCACUCUCCUGGAUAUGCUUCCGAACAACAAGCUUCCUCCUCGAAUGCGUUUCGAGGAUAUGAUAAACUCGGCAUCAAUGAUUCUUCCAAUAACUCUGAGGGGGGGGAUCAAUCAGGCCAUGUUAAUGCCCUUAUAAGAAGAUUGGGGCCGACUCUUUCAAAGGAUGUGUUUAAGAAUUCUUCUCGUGAACCUAAAAAUGGGACAAUCAGUGUGGAUUCUGUGCACAAUAAUGAAUCAAAGAGAGGAUUUUCGGUGCCACAUCAGGAAGUUCAACAGUCGUCCUCUGUUACAAUUAAUACUAUACUUAGCACUGUUGAUGAAGCUGGAAAAGAAUGUGAGCUGAAAUAUGGGAGCUACUGCCUCUGGCGUCAUGUACAUAGAGAAGAUAUUAAGGAUUCUAUGGUAAAAAAGCUGAAGGACCAACUAUUUGUAGCAAGAGCAUAUUAUCCUAGUAUUGCAAAACUUCCAGCACAGGAAAAGUUGUCUCGAGAGUUGAAGCAAAAUAUUCAGGAAUUGGAGCGUAUUUUUAGUGAAAGUACCACAGAUGCUGAUCUGCCACCACGGACUGGGAAGAAACUACAGAGGAUUGAAGCUGCAAUAGCCCGAGCUAAAUCAUUCUCUGUGGAUUGUAAUAAUGUUGACAAGAAGCUGAGACAAAUUUUUGAUAUGACUGAGGAUGAAGCUAACUUCCACAUGAAACAAAGUGCCUUCUUAUACCAACUUGCUGUCCAGACCAUGCCAAAGAGUCUCCAUUGCCUGUCUAUGAGACUGACAGUGGAAUAUUUUAAAUCUCCUGUCCCUGAUGUGGAGAUCUCUCUCACUGAGAAAUACAUGGAUCCGACAUUGUACCACUAUGUCAUAUUCUCCAAUAAUGUGCUUGCAUCAUCAGUGGUUAUUAACUCUACUGUAAUGCAUGCCAGAGAAAGUGCAAAUCUGGUUUUCCAUGUGCUAACUAAUGGACAGAAUUACUUUGCGAUGAAACUAUGGUUCUUCAGAAAUACUUACAAAGAAGCAACAGUUCAAGUGUUAAACAUCGAAGAUCUAAAUCUAGAGAACCACGACUUAUAUCUAUCAUUGCCUGUAGAAUUUCGUGUUUCCUUCCAUAGCAAUGAUGGUCCACCUACAACCCACAUUAGAACAGAAUAUUUAUCUAUUUUUUCUCAUACACACUACCUUCUGCCUAAAAUUUUUCAGAAGUUGAAGAAAGUUGUGGUUCUGGAUGAUGAUGUUGUUGUCCAGCAGGAUUUGUCAGAACUUUGGAGCCUUAACAUGGAAGGGAAAGUUAAUGGUGCUGUGCAACAGUGUUCGGUGAAGUUGAGUCUGCUGAAAAGAUAUCUGGGUGAGAGUAGUUUCAAUGUUAAUUCUUGUGCUUGGAUGUCUGGAUUGAAUGUACUCGAUCUGGACAGGUGGAGAGAGCUUGAUCUGACUAAAACUUACCAAAGGCUGGUAAAUGAGCUGAGCAUGCAAGAGGAUGUAAGUGAAGCUGUUGUAUUGCGUGCAAGCUUGCUUACCUUUCAGGAUUUGAUUUUCUCACUUGAUGAGGCUUGGAGUCUGUGUGGUCUAGGUCAUGACUAUGGGCUUGAUUUACAAGCAAUUACAAAUGCUGCAGUUUUGCACUAUAAUGGAAAUAUGAAACCUUGGCUUGAGUUGGGAAUUGCGAAAUACAGGAAUUACUGGAAGAAGUUUAUGGGACGAGAAGAUCAGUUCUUAAGUGACUGUAACAUAAAUUCAUGAUAAGCUGAUGCCCCUGCUUAGAAACCUGCUAGCUAUUCUUGGAAGAAUGGGGAGCUCGGUUAGUGUUAAUGUGGAUAUUCACUUUCAAGUUGAUGAGAAUUGCUCGUCAGAGCUUCCAAAGGAUAUUGAGUGAGUUUUGGGGAAUUGAUAACCAUGCCGAAUUUGACACAGUAAAUUCUAAUUUUUUGGUAAAUAUAAGGACUACAAAAAAUUUAUCCACUUUCUGGAAGAGCUCAAGGGAUUGAGUUCCCUGAUGGCUGCUAAAGUUCCAGUCAUGAGUAUUAGAGGAUUAAAUGCGAAUUGAUGAAACAAAAUCCUGAAAGUGGUAUGAGGAGCUUUUUGGCCUCUUAGUUUGGUUGCAGAAGAAGCAUGCAAAAUAAUUCUGUGCACAGGAAGGUGAGAGUUUUUUUGUUUUUGUUUUUACUUGAAGAGAUUCAAUUGCCAUUCAUGAUAUAAUGACUGCUGAGAAAGCUAAUGGUCCUGUAUGCCCUUCAAAGAAGCUAUUGUCUUUUUGGGUUGUAUUUUUAUUUGAUUUUAUACUUCACAUUUGUAUCAAUUUAAUUGUAGUUUUUCUUAAUGAGUCAAUUGAAUUGGCAUUGGAUUAGGCUGUGGCUUAUCGGA